AUAUGUUUUACAAUUUAUUAUGCUUGUAUUUGAAGCCUUGCGUACAUUAUAGUAUAAUAUGUAAACCUGUACAAAAUAAUGUACAAACAAUUGCAUUUAAAUUGUUUGUUUAUUUGCUCAGAUCUAAAUUGGAAAUCGAGAAUCACAGAUGCAGUUGCUUUAGGAAGAUAUUAUCCAUAAGCAACAUCAUGGCUUGUUGCAUGAGUGAUGAAGCCAAGGAACAAAAGCGUAUAAAUCAAGAAAUUGAGAAGCAACUUCGUAAAGAUAAGCGUGAUGCACGGAGAGAAUUAAAAUUAUUAUUGUUAGGUACUGGCGAGUCUGGUAAAAGCACUUUCAUAAAACAGAUGAGAAUUAUCCAUGGUUCUGGUUAUUCUGAUGAAGAUAAAAGAAGCUUUAUCAAGCUCGUCUAUCAAAACAUUUUUAUGGCCAUGCAGAGCAUGAUAAAAGCCAUGGAACUACUCAGGAUAGAGUAUAAAAACCCAGCAAACCAUGUAAGCAAUUCAUCAUACUUUAUGCUCUUUGAUAAUCUAUUAAAUAAUUUUAAAAUGUUUUUUCUAAGAGUUAUGUUUGUAUAUUUUGAAACAUGGCAUGCAUUCCAGUGUAAUAAUAUCCAUAUGCUUAAAUUAAUUAUUUUAUUGGGAAUAUUUUAUGUUUACACUAAUUAUAAGUUUUUAUUUGUCCCGAAACAAAUCUUUGUCCUAGCUUCCAACUCACACAUAAAAUCAAGAAACUUCCACAUUUUAGGCAAAUGUUCCAGACUCUUUAAAAAAAUAUUAUUUGUUUGUACAUUAUUGUGUGCAUCGUGCUACAUCCCCCAAACUCAUUUGAAUUUCUUUAGUUAUCUUUGUGAUUUGGAAAGAAUAGCACUACCUGAUUAUCUACCAACACAGCAAGAUAUAUUACGAGUAAGAGUACCAACUACUGGAAUAAUUGAAUACCCAUUUGACUUGGAUUCCAUCAUAUUUAGAAUGGUAGAUGUUGGUGGUCAACGUUCUGAAAGACGGAAAUGGAUUCAUUGUUUUGAAAAUGUAACUUCAAUUAUAUUUUUAGUUGCCUUGAGUGAAUAUGAUCAAAUUUUAUUUGAAUCAGAUAAUGAAAAUCGUAUGGAAGAAAGCAAGGCACUAUUCAAAACGAUCAUCACAUAUCCAUGGUUCCAAAAUUCAUCUGUCAUUCUUUUUCUCAACAAAAAAGAUCUCUUAGAAGAAAAGAUUAUGGUAUCUCACUUAGUGGAUUACUUUCCAGAAUACGAUGGUCCCAAGCAAGACCAUAUUGCUGCACGGGAAUUUAUCUUAAAGAUGUACUUGUCUCAAAAUCCAGAUCCUGACCGUAUGGUUUACUCUCACUUCACAUGUGCCACUGACACUGAAAAUAUUAGGUUUGUAUUUGCUGCUGUGAAAGACACCAUUCUCCAACAAAAUUUGAAGGAAUAUAAUCUUGUAUAGGUGGUAAAAAUUAGCCUUUUUACUGUUUUGACUUCACCCUUGGAAUCACUAUCAAAGCUACCUUUUGGUUAGCCCUCCUGAUGGUGACACACAUUUUUUUCAAACAACAACAAAAAUCGAUUUUGCUACUGGCAAACAUAUAUAAACAUACUCGUGUGUUUGUGCAUAUAUACACAAUAUGUAUAUAAAUAUAAUUGAAAUCCCGUGAGGUCAUUUAACUUGCUUAACACUGGGAGUGACUUGGCUACCAGUACAUAAUAAUGAUAAUUAUUCUGAUACUGAUAGCUCUCUUCUUUAUCUAUUCUUCCCAAUGCAGUCAGUAGAAUGAUUUUAUUUUAAUUUCUCUUCAUAGAAACUCUUGUAGAGUUAAUAUUGAACAGUAGAUUUUUUUAUAAUAAAAAAAAAUUCUCUGUGCCAAUGCAUUUCUUAUAUAACAAAAAAAAAAAAGUUUUGCUUACAUUUGUACAGCGUUUUAUUCUAAGUGGAUGAGAUUAAAUAAAUUGUGGGGUAUAUGAAAUAGUACUUUUUUUUGUUUUCUGUGCUCAAAUGCGGUGGACUUUUAUGAUCGAAAUAUAUGGUUUGAUUUAAGAAUAUUUUUUUUGUGUGCUAAUCAAAUUUUCAUAAAUUUAUGUGCCUCUUAUAAUUUUACUACAUUUAAAUUUGCUUAAAUGAUUCUGAUUUUCUGUAAUAUAGUCACUAAAGCUCUGUGAUGAAAUUAGCUCAGCCUAGUGAUGUCAGUUAAAUACUACAUGUCUCAGCUGAAAGCAUUGUGUUCAGAUGGGUCCAAAUUUUAAAUGUAAGAAUGUCUGUUACGCUAAUUGUAUAUUUUUUACAAAAUACAACAGCUAUUUAAUAGACAGCUUUUUUUUUCCUUACAUGAUUUAUACUUACUAUAAUUUUCAAUUACAAACUUAGCUACUUUUGUUUUUAAGUCACAAAGAGAAAUGACAUUGCAGUAAUGUUCUCGUAAAACAAAGUUUUUUGAAUUUUUAAAUGAAGUUUAACAUUAAUCAUGGUUUUUCAAAAAUUUGUAUAUAGUCACUUUUAUUGGUUAAACUUAGCUAGUCAAAAGCAUAAAGGGAAUUAACAUUUUAAUCUAUUUUAUCCUAUACUUCUAAUCAUAGAUUUUAAAUGUAACUUGAAACACAUUAAUGUGUAAAUAUAUUUGAAGUGUCAGUUUUUCUUUAGAGUGCAUUUUUUUAAAAAAAGAAAAUUAAACUAUGAUAAAUUUAAUUUUAAAAAAAUUCAUUAUAUUAAUAUUAAAUAAUCGGAAUUGUGCAAUUUCAUUCAUAUAAAAGAAGUUUGUUAAAUCUUGUUAUAUUGACUAGGCACUUCAGAUAGUGAAACAUAAGAUCUAUUUAAUGUGCAUUAUGAUGUUGAAAAUCUUAAAUUAUAUAAAUUGACUAAAUUAAAAUCUGGUCAUUCUAUUUGGUGUUUCAAAAAUGUUUUUGUGCGUUACAUAAAGUGUUUUAGCAUUUCAGUGUGUGAUUGUAGCCUACAAGGUGAGGAAUUCAAUGAGAAAUAAUUCCCUUUUUGUAUUUAAAAAUAUAAAAAAUUUGUGUACAGAAAUGUCUUUGUAUUGUAUAUUUCUUUUUAUAUUUUGUUUCUUGCACGUCAAAUCUACAUUGUAAUAUACAUAAUUCUUCCCUUUUAUGCAAAGUUUAUGUAAUUAUGUUACUGAUCAUGUAAUUUAUAAGUGCUGAUCAGCCUUCUUAUAUUGUUGGUGCUUUUCAAUAUACUACUGUUUCUUGCAAUUUGCAUGUAAUGGUAGUAUAAGGAUCCUGUUUUAGUGUUACUAUGCUUUGAUAUAUACACCUAUAUAUAUAUAUACAUACUAUAGACUAUAUAACAGUGCUGAGAUUUUGUAAAAUAUGAAGUAUUGCAUUUUUGUCUUCUGACAUCUUUUUCAGGCAUUUGUUAUUUACAUGCCAUUAAAUGUUUGUAAAGUUAAAAAUAAUUUGAAUGGUGUCUUGGCUGCUACCUGUGCUCAGUAAUAUUUUAUAAUAAAAUUUGAGAUCAUUUCAUAUACUAUAAAAAAAUGUUUUUUUUUUCCUCUUAUUUUUUAGCUUUUCCUUUAGGAUUGAUGAAUAAACAUGAAUUAUUUAUAAAAA